AUGUUGAUCAACGUGAAGAACUCGACCAUGGUUUGUCCGGCAGAGGACACACCACGAACAGCAAUAUGGAACUCCAAACGUAGAUUUGGUGCAAGGUGCUGGUUCCGUUCUAUCCAAUGGCAGCUCGUCUCCGCCGUGACGACGACGGUCGUGUUGAGCUUUACUGCGACGGUCAGGGAGUGCUCUUUGUGGAGGCUCAUACAACUUGCCUCCGUUGAUGAUUUCGGAGACUUCGCUCCGACGCUUCGGUUGCGUGAGUUAAUCCCAGCCGUUGAUUACUCCGCUGGUAUUGAAACGUAUCCACUGUUAGUAUUGCAGGUAACAUAUUUCAAAUGUGGAGGAGUUUCCUUAGGAGUUGGUAUGCAACACCAUGCAGCUGAUGGAGCCUCUGGUCUUCACUUCAUCAAUUCAUGGUCUGACAUGGCUCGUGCCAUUCAUGUUUCCAUUUCACCAUUCAUUGACAGAACAUUACUCCAUGCUCGCCAUCCACCUCGACCUGUUUUUGAUCACAUUGAAUACAAACCUCCACCGGCAAUGAAAACUGAUCAUCCCUUACUGCAACCUGCAAAACCAGACUCAAACACUACUGCUGCAGUGUCUAUCUUCACAUUGACCCGUCACCAACUCAACAUCUUGAAGGGUAAGUCCAAAGAAGAUGGGAACACUAUCACCUAUAGCUCUUAUGAGAUGUUGGCAGGUCAUGUAUGGAGAAGUGUAAGCAAGGCAAGAGCACUUCCUAAUGAUCAAGAAACAAAACUGUACAUUGCAACUGAUGGAAGAUCAAGGCUUCAACCUCCACUUCCACAAGGUUACUUUGGCAAUGUCAUAUUCACAACUACUCCAAUAGCAGUGGCAGGGGAUUUAAUGUCAAAACCAACAUGGUAUGCUGCUAGCAGAAUCCAUGAUGCAUUGUUGCGAAUGGACAAUGAUUAUUUGAGAUCUGCUUUGGACUAUCUUGAGCUACAACCUGAUUUAAAAGCUCUUGUUCGUGGAGCACAUACUUUUAAGUGUCCAAAUCUUGGUAUUACUAGCUGGGCAAGGUUACCGAUUCAUGAUGCUGACUUUGGUUGGGGAAGACCUAUAUUCAUGGGACCUGGUGGAAUUGCAUAUGAAGGACUAUCUUUCAUCAUUCCAAGCUCAACAAAUGAUGGUAGCUUGUCUGUGGCAAUUGCUCUGCCUCCUGACCAGAUGAAGCUGUUUCAGGAAUUUUUCUAUGAUAUUUGA